AUGAUCCUCUCACUGCGCCAGGUGCUGCCGGUGGAUGCAAGCGAGUCUGGACUACAGAGUUUCGUGCUUCAGAAGCCAUUCAGGAUAGAAGUCGGAGAUCGAAUUGCCCUACUGAUGGAUAAUGAAGAUGCACUUGCUUGUACAGCAUCGUCUUCAACUUCACCUGCUGAUCUUGUCUACAAUAUUCAACCAGGCAUUGAUCUAGCUGAAGGCACGAAAAUUAGUGGGUUCACACGAUUGAGGCAAAAACGAUUUAAGGUAAGACCAUACCUAACUUUAGUGUUUACAAACUGA